GGGUCAUUUUGCCGCACACUCUAAGGCGGUAGGGCGACUGCCUUUGUGGGAGUCCGAAAGCGAGGGAGGCUCAGACAGCGACUCUUUCCUGCGGUCGCUCACCAGCCGCCGGUUUCCAGUUUGCCGCUAAUAUUCAUCCGUGUGAAACAAGGACGAAAUAUGCCGAUCUCCGUAUACGUCCCCCGUGCUCGCCACUUGCCGCGAUACGGCCUCAUGGACAGCCCAUACGUCAACAACAGGGCACUCGUCCAGCACGAACCCCUGGUGCAAGUCGAUUUCGAGCUAUUCGGAGACGUGGAAGGUUUCAACUUCAGAGCCUACACCAAAGAAAAAGCUCUGCAAUUGGGAGUCACGGGAUGGAUGAAGUGCUCUAGGAAGCAUACCGUCGUUGGUCAGCUCCAGGGAGAUAAGGACCGCGUGAACGAUAUGGCGAAAUGGCUCGCAGCUCAAGGCGCUCCUGGUGCGAAGGUCAGUCGCUUGGAACUCCGACACUGGCAGAUCAUUGACGGUUUGACGAUGCGCGACUUCUCUUUGAGAUUCUGAGUUGAGACUACGGUCAUUGUCCCUGGACAUCCUCGAAGGUUCAGGGUAUCGUGUACAAAUGGAGGCACAUCCUUUUUUUAUGCAUACACACUGUGACGAUUUUUCCUUGAAAAUAAACAUCUGAGUCUCGGAAAGGUUCAUCUCGG